AUGUCUUCACAGAAUACUUCAAUCAAUGUAACACACUUUAUUAUAGGUGGUUUUGACACACUCAGUAGACCUAUUGCUGUUGGCGUGGUUAUCCUAAUAACCUAUCUUCUUGCUGUUCUUGCCAAUAUGGCAAAUAUCAUGUUUAUUAUUGCUGACAAGAGAUUACAUAAACCAAUGUAUCUUCUGAUUUGCAACCUUGCUGUUGUUGAUAUAAUGUACACCUCCAGUUGCAGUCCAACAAUGAUUGGGGUUCUACUCGCAGGUGUUAAUACUAUAUCCUAUAUGGCAUGUUUAAUUCAAAUGUGUGUUUUCCAUUUGGGAACAGCGAUGGAGUCAUUUGUUUUAGCAGUUAUGGCAUUGGAUAGAUUCAUUGCAAUAAUUUAUCCUUUCCAGUAUCACAGUUAUUUAACAAACACACGUGUUCUUGUUCUUACAUUUAUCGUGUGGUUUGUUAACUGUUUUUUUAUGUGUUACAUGCCUGCAACAGCUGUCCCCCUCCCACACUGCAGCUCCAGGCUUAGGUACACUUUCUGUGACUUUGCUGCUGUAAUAAGAACGACCUGUGUUAACCCAGAAAAACAUUUCAAUGACGCUGCCAUUAUAGCAUUUUUUAUUUUAUUUUUCACUUUUGUUUUCAUUUGUCUUUCAUAUUGUGGAAUCUUACUUUUUGUAAAAUUAUCUUCAAAUAAUGAAAAAAAGAAAAUGGGGAGCACUCUUGUGAGUCACUUAAUUUGUGCAAUCGUUCAUUACUGUCCUGCGUUUGUGCGCAUUAUCUUCACCAGGUUUGGUGUGGUAUUGACUCUUGAGGAACGCCAAGGUUUAUUAAUUGGUGCAGUCCUCGGUCCAUGUCUUGUAAAUCCUUUUGUGUACUUUCUUAGAACAAAAGAAAUUAAACAAAAGCUCUUUAAGAUUUUCAAAAAGUUUUACACAUAUUACUGA